UUUUUAUUAUUCACUAGAAAAUGUUUAAUUAUUCUUUAAAAUUGUGAAAUUUAUUGUCUUAAACCUGUAAAACACAAGGUAAACAUAAAAGUUUGUGUCGAUUUGUUGAAAAUUUGAUUUAAUCAAAACUAGCAAUGUCAUAGAAUCCAAACGCAACGAAGCUUUUUUCAAAAAUGAAAAAUAGAGACAAAAUAUAAAUAAGCCCAUACGCACAAAUACAUUUUUCAUCCAGUUCAAAUACAAUUCCACAUAGUCAUUUGUCUUAUUGGAUAAUAUAUUUCCAUCUGAUGUGUCACAAAAAAAUAUUAAGUCUUGUAAAUAAAUAAAUUAUUAGUUGUAGAGUUUAAUUGUAGUUAGUUGACUGAAAUGGCCACAGAGACUAAACAGACGGUACUAAUUAUAUUGUUAUGUGUUUUGUGGUAUAUCUGCAGCUCAACUAACAAUGUCAUAGGAAAAAUGGUUCUUAGUGAACUUCCGUACCCAAUGACAGUCACCAUGGUUCAACUCUUAUCGAUAACAUUUUAUAGUGGACCAUUCUUCAACUUAUUCCAUAUACGAAAAAAUGCAGACAUGAAUUGGAAAUAUUAUUUCCAAUUUAUUAUCCCUCUAGCUUUGGGAAAAUUCUUAAGUAGUGUAUCUAGUCACGUGUCUAUAUGGAAAGUGCCUGUUUCUUACGCCCACACAGUUAAAGCAACAAUGCCACUUUUCACAGUUGUUCUCUCAAGAAUAAUAAUGAAAGAAAAACAAACAUUUUCCAUCUACAUCAGUUUGGUGCCCAUAAUUACUGGAGUGUUGAUAGCUACGUUAACAGAAAUAAGCUUUGAUAUGAUAGGAUUAGUGUCAGCUUUAAUAUCGACACUUGGAUUCAGUUUACAAAAUAUAUUUUCGAAGAAAGUAUUAAAAGACACACAAAUUCAUCAUUUGAGAUUACUUCACGUCCUUGGUCGUUUAGCAUUCUUUCUCUUCCUUCCUGUUUGGAUUUUCUCAGACAUGUUUAGUGUUCUGAAACAUCCGUCAAUUAUAAAUCUUGAUUAUCGAGUUAUUUCUUUGCUAUUUUUUGAUGGAGUGUUAAAUUGGCUACAAAAUAUUCUUGCUUUCUCCGUACUUUCACUUGUGACACCCUUGACCUAUGCGGUAGCAAGCGCAUCAAAACGAAUAUUUGUCAUCGGUAUAUCAUUAUUUAUUCUUGGAAAUCCUGUGACAUGGAUGAAUAUUUUAGGAAUGGUCAUGGCGUGUUGUGGUGUUCUUUGUUACAACAGAGCGAAAUAUUUUGCACGAUUGCAAAAGGUGACUUUGCCAACAUACGCCGACACGAAAUAUUCAGUACUGAAAAAUGAAACUACGAUUGCGAAUGGAAAACCUUAUCAGCAAAACGGUUUUCAUCGGAAUCUUCUGUUCAAUCCAUCGAAUACUUCCACCGGAAGCAGCAUGUUAGUGAUGUAAUCAAAGAAUCAUUUACUUAGAUAGUCUCGAUAUUCAGGUCGAUAAAUUUAUUGUUGCUUGUCGUUGAUAUUUCUCGAAAAUGCGUGAUAAUUGGAAGUCGUAUCAUUGAAAACUUUGAGUCCAUUAAAUCACAGACAAAUAUUCUUAAAAAGAUUUUAAGAUUUAUCGAAAGUAAGUUUGAAAUUUUAUUCCCGUUUAAGCAAUUCAAACUUUUGAAUCAAGUCUUAAAUCCGACCCACCAUUUUUUAUCAUUUUCUUGCCUUUUUUCAGAGGUUAAUGAACCUUUUCACAAUACCCAAAAACUGGCUUCAAUCAAAGCAAAACGAUGAAUUUAAUAAUUUACGAACUUGUUAAUUUGCAAUGAUUUUUGUCACAUCCUAGGAAAAUGUUUUAUUUAAAUUAAGUUAAAUUUAUGAAAGAAAAUCGGGUGCAAAAUUUAUUUUUUUAUUAUCUUUUUUUUGACAGUUUUAUGUACAUAGAGCAUAAAUAUUGUAAACAUGUACAAUUAAGACAGUAUUUUAUAUGUUGCUAAUUAUUUAGAGAAAAGGAGAUAAUUACAUAAAGGAAUUUCAUAGGAAAAUUAUUUUUUAUUUGUUUAAAUUUUUUCUUACUUCUAUCCAAUUCAUAUCGCC